GCAGGAACUGGGCGUGCAGGAGCUGGAAGAAAGGUUCAUGAGGGGCAACGAUUACUGGAUGAGCCUAUUCCGGCUGAUCGUUUAUGAUCCUGACAGUUGCCACCAUCGCAUCACGGGCGUCGGCCAGAAAGCGGCAGAUCUAGGCGGCCGCUUAUCCUGGGGACAAUACGCGGUGGCCCAGGAGAUCAACAGAGCAAUUAUUGGCACUUGCGAGACAUCCUCGGCCGGACCUGACAAGACAAUAAUCGCCGUGCGACCCGCGCGGUGGUCGCCGGGGGACCAACCGAAGAUGAACUGGCGGACACUGGCGAUGGCUGUUCAUAUGCGCUGUUGGAAGCUUGCACGGCAUAUCCUUGGCCCAGGCCUCGAGACAGAGUAUCUGCAACCUGCUGUGGCGCUGCUGCUAAUCCAGGCGCGGGCCAGAAGUCCCGGUAAACGAAUGGAGGAUGAGUACAAUCGCGCAGAUGAAGAACCAUUGAAGAUAGUCAAGAUGAAGGAUUUGAUCGAAGGUUAUGGUCGAGGCAAGCGAGGGGAGGAUACGGAUACUUCCUUGGACGAUGAGCCGUUGCAAGUCUUCAAGACAAAGAGCCUGAUUCAAGCUUCUGAUCCGGCCAAGGCAUCACCUGAGCCUUCCUCUACCCUAUCCCUGUUACCGUACGACAUUCGCUGUGAGAUUCUGGGCUAUCUGGACCACCAGGCCGUCUCUCGGCUACUAGAAGCAGUCGAAUACCCGCUGGAGGAUUCGUAUUGGCGCUCGCGGGCUGCAUUUUAUCUACUGGGGAUGGAUGAUAUCAUUCACAAACAGAAAGAGGUGGAUUGGCGAGGUUUAUGUCUGGCAGCAGAAGGACUAGACGCAGCCACGGACGUCUUCAGGAUAAGGCAUCGCGUGGUUGAUACCCUCAUGCACGUCAAGGCCCAGUUGCGCCGGGUUCGCAAGGGGGACAUCUCCAUCUCCCUACCUGGAGUCUUUGAUCAAGUCCAGGAUGAGAUGCUGAUUGAGUACCGGGACAACAAUUGGGCCAAUAUCCUGGGUGGCGGUGGCGAGGUGACGUCUGACAUAGAGUAUUUACUUGAUGUUGGUGUUGAGGAUCCCGAUCCAACCUGGACAUGAGGUAGUUAGUUGUUAUUUAUUCGAAUGAAGUCUAAAAUAUGUAGAUCUGAUCUGCUGCUCGGUCAUUUUUGAAUUAAGCCACGGAUCAGUAUAUAGUUGAUCGGGGCAGCAGGCU